UGUCAAUAAUGGCAGUGACAUUAAAGCACCCAUAUGCGUCAGCUGCUGCUCGACUGCUGUUGACAAGAAAGAGAUUGGGUGGAUCUCAUAUCUAGACUACUUAGCCACAGCCACCUCCUUUCCACCUCCCUCGGAUGAACAUUCCAGUCAUAGAUGCUGUGCAUUCUCCGGUGUAGGCUUCGUCCACCUGAAAGCCCACCUGAUGUUCAAGGCAUGUCAAGAAAUUCGAACAGGCGCCUUGAUCCUGUACCGCUUUGACUCCUGAUUUCUUAUAAGCAUGCCGGUGGGUGCGCUCACAAACAGUCCACCGUCACCACCAUGGGCAACCAACAUUCAAGAUCGUCCAAACAAGGCACCUUUGACAGGUCGGACUCGAUAUCCAAACCAAAGGCCCUCGCCUCCAACGCACUGGAUCCGGGCAUUAAGCAGGAUCAAUACUACGGAACCCCCAGUGGCGCAUCUCAUGUGCACAGACAUGCUUCCGCGCAGGUAUCGCACACCCCAGGCUAUCUCGCCGUUCCUUCCCAGAAUACACAUCGACGGAGCAGGUCCGCUGUAGCUGCAUUGUCUACGCGGAACCGCGAGUCUGCGCCACCGCCGUACGAAGUGGCGAUGUCGUCCGGUGCGCCCAGUCCAAACACACUGGCAGUACCACAAUCUGGGGUCCAGGGACGACGGAGGUCGUUCGCGAGCGUGUCAAAUGUACGGGCUCCGGAGGGAGUGCCGCCGAUGUCUGCGGCAGACCGUAUGGAAGCUCUGCGCAGGCCCAUGCGCCAGAACAGUGUAGAGGAUGCGCUGGAGACUCUGCGCAAGUACAACACUGUCAUCAUAGUUGAUGACUCUGGGUCAAUGGCAGGUAGCCGGUGGAAAGAGGCUCGCGAAGCGUUGGCAGCAUUAGCGGGAAUCGCGUCGAAAUAUGACACCGAUGGCAUCGACGUUUGCUUCCUGAAUAGCAAGCAUGUUGGGACCAACAUGAAUGACCCAGCAUUCGUCCGACGGCUAUUCGAUACAGUCCGGCCCGGAGGGAUUACACCUAUCGGCGAGAAGCUCGAGAGUCUGCUCCUAUAUUAUCUCGACAGCUUGGAUAAGGCCAAGGCGCGAGCCGACGAGGGGGACAACUCCCUGAUGAAGGGCAUCAAGCCAGUCAACUACAUCAUCAUCACAGACGGUGCUGCAACUGACGAUCCAGAAGCUGUCAUUGUGGCGGCCGCCCGGAGACUGGAUGCCCACAACUUCCCGCUUACGCAGGUCGGCAUACAGUUCGUACAGAUCGGGAACAGUCGUGAUGCCACUGAAUUCCUCAACGAGCUCGACAAUGGUCUGGGUCAGAAUUAUGGUAUCCGAGACAUCGUCGAUACCACACCUUACACAGGUGGCGAACUUAGCGCAGAAGUCAUCAUCAAGAUCUUGCUCGGAGGAAUCAACAGGCGAGUGGACAGGAGGGGCGGCCGGAGCGUCGUCUGAACGAGGUUGCGUGAUAUAUAUCCCCUUGCCACUUUCUUUCAUCCACGUCACCUGUAUCAUCUUCUUGUACUUGUGCACCUCAACAUUCUCAUCUGUAGCCGUUAUGCUUUCGUAGCCGACCUAAUUGUGUAGCGUUACAAUUCAC